AUGGCCGAGGAACGCAUUCUGAUUGACAGUGAAAGGUGGCAGCAGGCUCUGCAAGCUGUGGACACAGGAGACUUACGCCCAUCACCAGCCGUGUGGACAUCCUUAUUGAGCUCCGCUUCUCGUCAGGCAUCUUGGCAACUUGCCCUCCAGCUGCUUAACAACCGGCCAGAAGCGCUUCUACCGAAUCAAGUGUUUUUCAAUGUGGCUGCCUCGGCAUGUGGCAUGGGAGGAAUGUGGGCUUGCAGUCUUUCGGUGGUCAGGGACAUGCAACUACGACGCUUCAAUGCAGACCACUUCAGCUACGGAGCUGCCGUGGCAUCGGGGUUGGCCUGGGCCAAAGGAUUAUCCGUCCUGCAGACCGCAGCAACGCAAGGAGUUGAGACGAACAUCGUGGUGGCCGGGUCCCUUGUGGGUGGAGAGACCACUCCGUGGAGUUUCAGCCUGGAGCAGUUGGCCCGGCUGCGGCACUCCUCGCUCCGAAUUAACGUAAUCACCUGCAAUGCGGCCGCUUCGAGCUGCGAGCAGAUUUCUGGCUGGGAAGCCGCCCUAAGCUUGGCUUUGCAAGUCGUGCCGGAUGAGACCACCUGGGGGAUCUUCUUGUCUACACUAGCUCACGCCAGCCAAUGGCAAGAGGCUUUGCAAUGCUUGCAAAACAUCCAGCACCGGGCACUUCGGGCCAACUCGAUCCACGCAACGUCCGCAUUGACCGCCGCAGCCUCCGGCAGUGAUGGAUGGAAGCAAAGCCUGGCAUUCAUGACUCAGGUGUCAACUUUUGGCCUACAAUCAAACAGCUUCAUGGUCUCAGCGGCCGUCAGCUCCUGUGACAGCCACGUGCGUUGGGAGCAAGCUGUCUCCGUGGUUCGGAGAGACUUGCACGACUGGCUGCGUGUAAACUCCGUGGUUUACAACUCUCUGGUGUCUGCGUGCGCAUCAGGCGCUCAGUGGCUCAAGGCCCAGGAGGUGCUUUUUUCUUCGCAAGCUCUUGGAGUCAGAGACAAGGAGGCUCAAGCUGGCGCCAACGCUGCCGUGGAAGCCUUGGGACGCAGUCUCCUGUGGCCACACGCGAUUGACUGCCUGGAGCUCCUGAAACCCUUGGGCUCCUGGAAGCUCGAGGCAAACAUUGCUGCGUACAGCUCUGCACUGACCGGGUGCGCUCGUGCGAAGGCGUGGGCCUGUGGGUUGGAACUCUGGCAUGCAACCUCGGCCGUCGGAUUGUCAGACGGGUCUCCUACUCUGAAUGCUGUGGUCACCUCUGCUGGUCAAGGGCUUUGGCAGCUUGCCUUUUGCUUGGUGUCCUCCUACCAGGCAGAUGCGCCCACCUAUGGAGCUGCACUGCGUGCCUGUCUCGGCGAGGCUGGCGACGUGGCACUUGGCCUCUUCGAGCAAAUGCGGCUGAAGAAGAUCGAUCCGGAUGAGGCGGCUUGGGCUACAGUGAUCAUGGUCGCAGCCCGUGGUGACACUGGCCAACGUCAGGUGUUCUCUCGCCUCGUGGAUGACCUGCGGCCAGAAGCAAUUCUUAAGAUGCGCUCGGUCUCGGGCAUUCCUGUGCGAAAAGAAGUCCGCGCCUUUCAAGUUUAA